AUGGUCAAAAACGUUAUCGGAUGGUGGCCACCGGCACCGCCAGCACCAGCACCACCCGCCCCUCCAGCGAAGAAAGAGGAAAAAGAAGAGAUACCCGAGAUAAAGUAUAGAUGGCGCUAUGAGGUCAUUCCGGGCGAUGUGCCUCUACCAAUGAGUUAUCGGCACAUUGACUACCCACGGGACGGACCCACGAUCUCAGAACACGCCGUGCGACAACGUUGGAAAGAGCUCCUAAAGAUGAAAGACGAAAAGGAGCCAGAUGUAGAACGAAAGUACUCAACGAGCCAUCGAUGGACGACAUUGAAUCCUGAGCCCAAGCCGAAAGACAAACCAUCGAACAAGUUUGAUACUCCAUUCGGGCCCGUCAUCAUCCAUCCGCCAGAGGAGCCUCCGAAAGAAGAAAAGAAGCCCAUUCACAUCCAUUUGGGUCCUCCGAAGAAAGAAGAUCCCCCGGCGCCACAUCCACGAUUCAUCUGGGAUGGAGGUCCCGGACCGCGUCCCUUCUGCCACCCGGUUAAACCAUGCUGCCCACCCUCGAAAGACGAGCCUCCGACAUACGUAUACGGCUGUCCACCGCCCCCGAAAGAGGAGGAGAAGAAAGCGCCCGAUCCAGCUCCGGCACCUACACCUCCACCGUGUCAAUGGGACUCGGUAGCCAAGAUCCUCGGUGCCAUACUAGCACUGAUCGUCAUCUGGGCGACUUUGGAUGCAGCUGGAAGGAUCAUUUCUGCAAUAAUGGCGCCGUUCAGGAUGGUGCUCGUGAAUGCACCUUAUAAUCCGUAUCCAGGCCAGUAUCAACAGCCCUACCAGCAGCCGCCAUACCCGCAGCCACCGUAUCAUCAGCAUGCGCAUCAACAUGCGCAUCAGCAUGCUCAUCAGUAUCACAGACACUGA